AAUUUAGUGUUAUUCGAAUGGCCAACGGUUCAAUAUGGGAGUACGGACCAUAAUAUUAUUAUAUACAUAUACAACGGUAGUAUUUCUGUUAUGCUGUGUAUUCACAAGUGUUUCCACGCUAUCCACUGAUCAGUCACAUUACUCAUAUCAGGAUGUUGAAAACACACGACAAAGAAAAUGGGCACCAAUGGCACGACCGCCUAAAUCUACGGGACAUAGUUCAACGCCUCCAUCAAGAGCAGAAGACGGCAUAGAACGUGGGAUAAUAUGGGGUAGACAGCCUUUACGUGUGACAACAGAUGUACCAUCACCAAUAGUUGAAGUGGGAUGGCGGUCUAACUUUCGAACGUACCCUCGUUCUACAAAUAGAAGGGAUAGAAUUGUUUUUCCGAUUAAAAACCAGACGACUCAGAGAAGGACUUAACAAAAGAAACAGAAGCGGAUAUUUAAAUCGAAUACGAGAUUAGAUAUAAGCUUAUGUUCAUAUUUAAUGCAUAUUAUUAGUGCAAUUUUUGUGCUCGAAAAAUUAUGUAUUAACUCGUUAAUACUUAAAUCUAAAUUUAAAUUCAAAAUAUUUGAAUAUUUACUGUGCACAUAUUAAGUAUUAUGAAGAAUAAUAUAUAAUAACGGGUGGUCUCUAGGGACAUUGAUAUUAGAAACCAAAA